AUGUUGUUGUAUAUGAUGUUGCAGGUACCAUCUGUGAUUGGUGGCAGCAUAAAUCAGGAACGACAGGCUUUGGUCCGCAGUGGUUGGUGGAAUGAUUACCUAAAUAUCUCACACUAUUGUCAAUGGGAUGGAAUCUAUUGUGGUGAACCUGAAAGUGUUACUCGGAUUUACGGUUGGAUUUUGAAGAUUCCUAAAGAAUUUUUGCGGAUUCAGAACUUGAACGUGACUGCCUUACCCCAUUUAGAAUCUUUAUUUCUCGAAGGAAUGGGUCUUACGGGAAGCAUCCCCACGGAAAUAGGCACACUUACAAACCUAACCGAUCUUGAUCUAUCCAACAAUAGUCUCCAAGGUCAGUUGUUGGUGCACACACUUUUAGAACUUGCUAUUCUCUUGAUUCUAAAUUCUAUCAAUGGAAGAAUUUACCCUUCUCUUUCGUGGUUUAACCCAAUUGCAGGUUUUAUUCCACCGCACCUUGGUAAUUUGACACAAUUGGAGGUGUUAGGUCUCUCUAACAAUUUGCUAACAGGUUCAAUCCCGACUACAUUGGGUCAAAUGAAGAAUUUGAAAGCUCUCGUUCUUGAUUCGAAUAAAUUUGAACGUCCAAUACCACCACAUCUUGGAAAUUUGACACAACUGGAAACGUUAUGUAUUCCUAAGACCAAAUGUGAAUCAAUAUCAACAAAGAAUGGAGACUUGUUUUCUAUAUGGAACUAUGAUGGUAAAAUUGCAUUUGAGGAUAUCAUUGAAGCAACUGAAGACUUUGACUUCAAGUACUGUAUUGGAACAGGCACAUAUGGCAGUGUGUACAAAGCACAACUGCCUAGUGGCAACAUUGUAGCCUUAAAAAAACUCCACCGAAAGGAAUCUGAAAAUCCAUCUUUUGACAAAAGUUUUCGCAACGAGGUCAAGAUGUUAACAGAAAUUCGUCAUAAAAACAUUGUAAAGCUCCAUGGCUUUUGCCUCCACAAUCGGUGCAUGUUUUUAGUCUAUCAAUACAUGGAAAGAGGUAGUUUAUUUUAUAUUUUGAACGAUGAUGUGGAAGCUAAGGAGUUGAAUUGGAGUAAGAGGGUGAAUGUCAUUAAAGGAAUUGCACUUGCUUUAUCCUACAUGCAUCAUGGUUGUACGCCGCCAAUUGUUCAUCGGGAUGUAACAAGUAACAAUGUUCUUUUAAACGCACAAUUAGAGGCUUAUGUCUCAGACUUUGGCACUGCUCGACUCCUUGAUCCUGAUUCUUCAAAUCAAACCUUGGCAGUUGGAACUUAUGGCUACAUUGCCCCAGAGCUUGCCUAUACACUGACUGUGACAGAAAAAUGUGAUGUCUAUAGUUUUGGAGUGGUGGCUCUAGAAGCAUUAAUGGGAAGACAUCCAGGAGAGCUGAUCUCAUCUUUAUCAGACCCAACCACUCAAACUAUGUUGAUGAGAGAUCUUUUGGAUCCACGUCUUUGUCUUCCUCUUGGGAAAGACAUUCAAGAUAUAACUCUUGUGGAUAUCAUUGAAGCAACUGAAGACUUUGACCUUAAGCACUGUACUGGAAUAGGUGGAUAUGAAAGUGUGUAUAAAGCACAACUGCCCAGUGGCAACAUUACUAAAAGAUAUGUACCAGAGUCCACUCCAUAUGCUUAUGACAGUAUGGGAAAGUGUGUUUGGAGUUUAGUAAUGAUGGGGUUGUAUAUGAUGGUGCAGGUACCAUCUGUGAUUGGUGGCUGCAUAAAACAAGAACGACAAGCUCUGCUCCACAGCGGUUGGUGGCAUGAUGACUCAAAUAUCUCAGACCAUUGUCAUUGGGAUGGUAUCUCUUGUGAUGAAGCUGGAAGUGUUACUCGGAUUUACGGUUGGUUGUUGAAGAUUCCUCAAUCAAAAGAAUUGUUGCGGAUUCAGAACUUGAACGUGACUUCCUUCCACAGAAAUAAGCAAACUUACAAACCUCACCUAUCUUGA